AAAUUGGGAAGAAAGAGAAGCGGAGAAGAAGGAAGUCGUUCCAUUCUCUCUCUCUCUCCCCACCCACAUCUUCCUCUUCAUUUCUCUCUCUAAACUCUCUCCCACAGACAUAAACCAAUUCUAACCCUAACCCUAAUCCUUGCACUCAUUAAUUAAAGAAAAAAAAAACACAAAAGAUCUUUUCCUUUUUCAAAUACAAACGCCAUUAUUGUAUUUCUUGUGAAAUGGUGAACAUGCAGGCAUACGAUGAAAGCUGUAAUAGCACACCCAUGAUCAGAUUCCAGCGGAACGGGUCAUUGUCCUGUCCGGUCGAAUUCUUGCGCCAUGACGGCCUUCCGAGGAGGAGUUUUUCAUACAGCAAGAUACCCCAGAGGCCACUCAAGCUCAGCGUUCUCAAAUUGGAUGGAUCUUCUUUCGAGAUUGAAGUGCCCAGGAAUGGGAAUCUGGCGGAGCUGAAGAAGGCGGUGGAGGCGGCGUUUAGUCAUUUACCCUGCAAGGUCUCAUGGCCACACGUGUGGGGACAUUUUUGCUUGAGCCACGAUUAUGAGAAGCUACUCUCUGAGUCUGAUCCUAUUGGACUUUACGGGAUCAGGGAUGGUGAUCAGCUUGAAUUUGUGCGACAUGUCUCAAUUUCUUACUUGGGAAAGCGAACAGAAAGAGAGGAGGACCCUGAUCCCGAUCUCUAUGAACCCUGUCUUUCUAGUGGCUUUCAAGAUAAGCACCCAAAAUGGUUAGAACAUGACAAGCAUUUCCUGGGGAAACUAGAGUACCAUAGAGUCGAUAUUUAUGAUGAUGUUGAGGAUGAAGAAAAGGAUUCUGUAAAUGGUAGUCCUCGGAGUAAUCGUAAGCAAAAGUUGCUCCACGUUCUCAGGAAGUGGUUCACGCACCACCGCAAAUUGCUGAGCUCUGAGAAGAGGUUGCAACGGAAAGGUAGUAUGUCGAGAAUCUUCGUAGACAAUUGUAGAAAUAAUAUCCGGCUGCUUAGCCAAUAUAGAAAUGGCUCUCGGAAGAUAGUUGAAUAUAAUUUUGAUACUCGAAGUUGUAACGUCUCAAUCAUAUGAACCAGCAAAUCUGGGUUUGUUUUCUGGUUCGAUAUCAGAAGCAAACAACAAUGGAUUUUGUCCAAAAAUGGAUGGAUUUAUCGCUGCAUUUAUGUUGAUUGUAGCAUGAUAGAGCUGAUUGUAUAGUAGCAAUAUAGAGUUGAUGUAUGGGCAUUUUCUUCUUAGUAUGUA